AAUUCGUGGUAUACCUUUGUGAUUGAAGCGUUUCUACAACAUCAACAAAUAAAUAGGUAACCAUUCCCAUUUGCUAUUUUCGAGCUUCCUGCUCCUCCUUUUACUUGUUCACCGACAUCAUUCAAAGAAAUAUUCACAUACUAUCUAGUUCGAUCCAAAGGCAUCGAUUAAUCUUGACCGACGCCUGAGAUCGAACAAUAUUCCAAGGCAAUGGCCUCUUGUGAGAGCAGUAGCUUAUUUGGUAAAUAUGAGCUAGGAAAAUUACUUGGUUGUGGUGCAUUUGCCAAAGUUUACCAUGCGAGAGAGAUACAAAAUGGCCAAAGUGUUGCAGUGAAAGUUAUUAACAAGAAGAGAAUUGUAAACACGACCUUGAUGACAAACAUCAAACGAGAAAUCUCCAUAAUGCGUCGACUAUACCACCCCAAUAUUGUGAAGCUUUUUGAAGUUCUGGCCACAAAAACGAAGAUCUAUUUCAUCAUGGAGUUUGUCAAAGGAGGAGAAUUAUUCGGCAAAAUUUCCAAGGGUCGGUUCAGCGAAGAUCUCAGUCGUAAGUAUUUUCAACAACUCAUCUCAGUCGUUCGAUAUUGUCAUUCUCGUGGGGUGUACCAUCGUGAUCUAAAGCCAGAAAAUCUCCUUGUUGAUGAAAAUGGUGAUCUUAAAGUAUCAGAUUUCGGGCUUAGUGCCUUGACUGAACAAGUACAACAAGAUGGACUAUUGCACACGCUUUGUGGAACGCCAGCAUACGUAGCGCCAGAGAUUCUAACUAAGAAAGGAUAUGAUGGAGAAAAAGUGGAUAUUUGGUCAUGUGGGAUAAUUCUUUUUGUUUUAAAUGCCGGUUACUUGCCAUUCAAUGACCCAAAUCUAAUGGUCAUGUAUAAAAAAAUCUACAAAGGUGAGUUUCGAUGUCCUAAAUGGAUUUCUUCCGAUCUCAAACGAUUUUUAUCUUGUCUAUUAGACACUAAUCCCAUGACAAGAGUUACAAUCGAUGAGAUCAUCAAAGACCCUUGGUUCAAGAAAUGUCUCAAACGUGUUAAAUUCUUUGAAGUUGAAGAAAUAUUUGAUCACACGAACAAGGAGCGCCUGGAAGAUGUUGAAGGUGAUUCUCAUAUGAAGAAAACAUCACUGAAUGCAUUCGAUUUAAUUUCAUUCUCUUCUGGAUUGAACCUUUCCGCAUUAUUCAAUGAAUCUUUUAACCCAGUGGAAAAGACAGUGGUUGAAGGAUCGCCGGAGAAAAUAAUACAGAAAGUGGAGGAAUUGGCAAACAAGGAUGAAAAUUUUAAAGUAAAGAGGAUGAAGGAAUGGGGAAUCGAGAUCAAAGGUCAAAUUAUUAAAUUUACCAUGGUCAUGGAUAUAUACCGUUUAACAGAUUAUUUAGCAGUUGUUCAAGUUGAAAAAACAUAUGGAGAUGCUAGUUUGUUUCAAGAGCUAUGGAGAAAUAAAAUUAUGCCGGUAAUUCGAGGUCAACAACUACCAGAAGUCUUGCAGGUUUCCAGUAGCUAAAUUGAUUUCACAUGCAUGCACACAUUGCAGCAAUUGGAUUUUGUUUUUAUUACUCCAUAUAUAUUAUAUCGUAUGAAAAGUAACAUUCGUCAUUGUGCUUUGUAAAUGACAAAAAUAUGAAUGAAAAGAGAAAUUACAUAAUAUGAGAAGUUUCAUCAGAUUAGCAUACUAUUAAUUAAUUAGUUAAAGCAAUUAAUCUUUUUUUUGUUUUUAAAUAUAUUACUACUAUAUAAAAUUAUGAGUGAGCACAGAACUAAAGCAGGCAGCUGAUGGUUGCUGUGCCUGCUUUCAGCUGUCUGCUUCUCGUUGAGGAUAUUUUUAUAAUUUCA